AUGAGCGGAGGAGGUGAAGGAGAGACGCUUGAGUACACACCCACAUGGGUGGUGGCUGCUGUGUGCACUGUCAUAGUGGCCAUUUCUCUUGCUGUUGAAAGACUUCUUCAUUACUGUGGGAAUUUACUCAGGAGGAAGAAUCAGAAACCCCUCUAUGAAGCCCUUCAAAAGGUCAAAGAAGAGUUGAUGCUUUUGGGUUUCAUAUCACUAUUGCUGACAGUUUCCCAGAACUUCAUAUCUAAGAUAUGUGUGCCAGAGCAUGUGGUUAACAACUUGCUUCCUUGUAGCCUUAGUGAAAAACAAAAAGAAAAAGGACAUGGAUCCAAUUCUACAACUACAACUACAACUACAACUGAACAUUUUCAAAGCUUCUUCACUGGUUCCAUUUCUGGCACUGUCAGGCGUCUUCUGGCUGAAACAUCAGAAUCCCAUCUUGGUUAUUGUGCCAAUAAGGGCAAGGUACCGUUGUUAUCUUUGGAAGCCAUUCACCAUUUACAUAUCUUCAUCUUUGUCCUAGCCAUUGUUCAUGUUACUUUCUGUGUUCUCACCAUUCUUUUUGGAGGUGCAAGGAUUCAUCAAUGGAAACACUGGGAGAAUGAAAUUGCAAAAGAUCGUUAUGAUACACAGCAAGGUUGGACUCAGGGUAGUCUCAUUUGUGCCUCCGGGGGUGGGGUUGACUUCUAUAAGCCAUCAAAUAAAGUUGCCUGUUCAGAGUGUGGUGGUUUGUCCGUUUUUAUUGCACUCCUGCUUGAUGUGGAGCAUCGAUCAUUAUUGCUGCUGGCAAUAGUCUCACUUGAAACAGCAGCAUUUUUCUACUUGAUCAUCAUUGAUUUCCAUCUUGAAUGCAAUGCUAUAAGAGUUGUGCUUCUUCUUGCUGUUGGCACUAAGCUGGAGCAUGUAAUUACCCAGUUGGCCUAUGAUGUUGCUGAGAAACACAUAGCCAUAGAAGGGGAACUAGUAGUUCAACCAUCAGAUGAUCACUUUUGGGUGGAAGCUGCUGACGUUUUCUCCUUUGGAAUCUUGUUGUUCAUUCAGGUACUCUGUAGCUACAGCACUCUUCCACUUUAUGCCAUUGUCUCACAGAUGGGAAGCUCUUUCAAGAAAGCAAUAUUCGAGGAUGGUGUGCAAGCAGGCCUUGUUGGUUGGGCUGAAAAGGUGAAGAAAAAGAAAGGGCUGAAAGGGGCAACCGAAGGAUCUAGCGAAGCAAGUUCGCAUGUUGUUUCUGCCGGGGAGCUUCAGCUGGGGAGACUGAAAGGGUUAAAAACAGCCAAUGAAGGUUCCUCCCAAGCCAGUUCUCAUGAUGGUUCUACUGUGGGAAAUAAUGCUUCUGCUUCUGUUCCUCGGGUGGCUGAGCCUUGA